AUGGCAAAGGAAGAUUUUUCACGAGAACUAUUUCAAGACUCAAACAGCAGGUGCCACAGCUUCUCGAGCAGGGCUUCGCUAGGCAAGACGUUUAGAUUCUGGCAGUUCAUAAUCGAUAGGUGCCUCAACAAUGUGAGAUUUUCAAGCACCUUACCAAGCGAAGUGAGCUUGGGGAAACUACUAAUCGAGAAUUUUAUUAGAGAAGGAGGAAAGAGACAGUCGUCCUCCCCGAGUUGCUCGAGCUCCUCCAAUCCACUGCAGAUGUCCAACUCUUGGAGGGAAGCUAGCCUGUGUAGGCCCCACUGCGAGAGGGGCUUGAAUUUCUUAGGAUCCCCUAUCUCGAGCGAGGUUAGGUUCGGGGGCAGAUCAAACCUUGGAAAAUUAUCGAGCCUCGGACAUCUCCUCAGCACAAGGGACACGAGCGAUGUCAUGGUGCGGAUUUUGGCUGGCAACGACUCGAGACUCGGGCAGUCCACGAUGCAGAGGUCUCGAAGGCCUGAAGGCAGGCCGUGUUCCGGGAAGUGCUUCAGUUGCUCGCAGCCCAAGAGCUUCAGCCUGACCAGGUGCGCAAAUCCGUGCAGUCUCUGGAGCAGAUUACUGAAGUUCAGCCAUUUGUACAAGAUCAGAUCUUCUAGAAGCAUGGUACUGCCCUCGGGAAACAUCCCGUCCGAGAUGGCCUCAAGCUGCGUGCAGUUAUCGAUCCAGACGGCCUUGAGUGUGGCUGGGAAAUGGGCCACAGCCCACGUCCUGAGUGACGAGCACUCCUUGAUUUGGAGAUGCUCGAGGCCAGAUAUAUUGGCCGGAAGGGACUCCAAAGAGUUGCAACUCCAUAUCACAAGAUGCUUGAGCAUCCUGGGAAUGCCAUUUUCAGGGAAGGCCACGAACCUCUGGCAAUAUCUGAUAAUCAGGUCGCGUAAGGACUCCAAUUCACUCAGCUUGUUCGGGAGAGCGUCCAGGUUCGUAUCACGCGGGCUAGGUUCUGAUCAAACGGGACACCUUCGGGCCACAAGGAAAGCAGCUCGUUGCAGUUGUAGCACUCUAAGACCUCGAGUGCCACCAGGGACCGCCGAAAAUGGACUCAAUCUUAAGGUAGAUCAGGGACUCCAGGCCAGAGAACCUUUCCAGCAAGACCAUGCUGCAUUCCUUGACGUUCAAAGUGCGAAGAGUAGGGAAGGUCAGCGGAGAGACUUCAGCCAGCUUCCCGCAACUGAAAAUCGAGAGGCGUUGCACAUUAGGGAACUCAAUGUUUCCGCACGAGCUGCCAGUGGGGCCGGUCCAUUUUUGCCACUCGGGCAUAUUGUCGAAUGUCAGAUUCUCGAGCUUUGGGAAUGGGGUUACGAUGGUGCCCGUCCCGUAGAACUCAGUCCCCACCUGUUUAAUUUUGGGCAUACCACCGACCAGCAGGUGUUUGAGCUCGGGAAGCUGCCCAAGAGGCGGCAGGGAUGA